GUGCGCAUUGCCGUAACGGCAGCAUUCAGGCAGAAGUAACAGAUCGCAGAUGGAGGCUCAGACAAAGCUGGGAGAUCGAGGGAAAAAUGGAGCGCCUGUGGCAGUGGAGGUUUCUAACACUGGUUUGUUACUUGAGCUCGGUUGGUGCUUCAGGCAAUAAGUGGAAGAGUAUCAGACGGACGAUUUCUAACGCUGUGGAAGAAUACACGCCGUGCAACCCUGUCAACUGCAGCUGUCACGCAAGCGUCCUGGAGGAUGACCUGCAGCCCUUCAGGCAUGGGAUCUCUGAGGACCUCAUGGCGACUGCGGUGCAGAGAGGGGUCGGGACCCACUACCAGAUCAUCGGACACAAGCUGUACAGAGAGCGCCACUGCAUGUUCCCCGCCAGGUGCAGCGGGGUGGAGCAUUUCAUUCUGGAGGUGAUCGACAGGUUACCUGACUUGGAGAUGGUGGUAAAUGUGAGGGAUUACCCUCAAGCCCCUAAGUGGGUGCAGCCAACCCUGCCCGUCCUCUCUUUCAGUAAGACGUCAGACUACCAGGACAUCAUGUACCCCGCGUGGACCUUUUGGGAGGGCGGCCCGGCCGUGUGGCCCUUAUACCCCAGCGGGCUGGGAAGAUGGGAUCUGAUGAGGGACGACCUUAAAAAAUCUGCUGCACGGUGGCCCUGGAAGAAGAAGGAGUCCAAAGCAUUCUUCAGAGGCUCUAGAACCAGCGCAGAGCGAGACCCUCUCAUCCUUCUGUCCAGAGAAGAUCCAGAGCUGGUGGACGCAGAGUACACGAAGAACCAGGCCUGGAAGUCUGAGAGGGACACUCUUGGGAAGCCCCCGGCUGAAGAAAUCUCCCUGGUUGAUCACUGCAAAUACAAGUAUUUAUUCAACUUCCGGGGCGUGGCAGCAAGCUUUCGGCUCAAACACCUCUUCCUCUGCGGUUCUUUGGUGUUUCACGUCGGGGAUGAGUGGCAGGAGUUUUUUUACCCUCAGCUCAAGCCCUGGGUCCACUACAUCCCCGUCAAGCAGGACCUCUCUGACGUCAGGGAGCUGCUGCAGUUUGUCAAAGAAAAUGACGCCGUCGCGCACAAUAUCGCCACGAGAGGUAUGGAAUUCAUCCUCAACCACCUGCGGAUGGAAGACGUCUCCUGCUACUGGGAGCGUCUCCUCACCGAGUUCAGCCAACUCCUCACCUACAAACCUCAGAGGAAGAGCGGCCACAACGAGAUCGUGCACACGCCGAGCAAAACGGAGCUGUAGAGCCGAGACUCUGCAUCCGCAACCGGGACGAACAUUAGACUACGAAUGUAUGUGUGGAGUUCAACGUACGUCGAAAGAAGAGUUGUUGAUUGGGUUCAAGAAAGGAAACAAAUGAUGCCUCUUGUUUAUCUCACCAGCAAAAUAUCAUCAUGUAAAGUGUUUGUUUUUUUUUUAGAAAUUUAACCUGUUUGCAUUUAGUUCACUCAUAAUGAGGAUUGCUGCUCUGCCAGAAAACAAACAAGUGUUUAAAAUGACUUAUUUUUAACGUGGAUUUGAAUAUCGAUCACAGACCGGUGCCUCACUUGGGAUGUUUGGGUAUUUUCUGGAUAAAAGCUCUUGAUUUUCUGUCUUUUUUUUAAUGCACAACACUCAAGAUCCAGUAGAAACACAAUGGACUGAAAACCUUUAACUUUAAAAACUUGAAUUGCUCAUAUUUUUUAGUAUUUACGUUAGUUGGUGUCUUCAUAAAACUUAAAACUGAACACGUCUUAGUCAAGACAUAUGUUUUGCCACACUGCCCUCUACUGGACAACUACAUGAACUCCAGCAAACCUGCCAGCGACACCACAACACACAAAAACUUAGAAAUGAAAUGGCAUAACUUGAAAAUAUAAAAGAACCGUUUCUCCUUUGGUGCCAUAAUGUUUCCAAGAAACUUAUUUUCCUGAAUCUGUGUCUGUAUUUGGGAAACGAUGAUAAUUGAUGCUGGCUCAUGUGGAAUAUGUUGUAGUAUUCACAUUGUACUGUCACGGGGAAGAUUUUCACUUUUGUAAGGCUGUGUGUGCGUGUCAGUGUGUGUUUUUUUUUCUUUAAUUAAUUACUAUAAGUGAUGCAUUAAUGUGCUGAAUUGACCAAAACAUAUUGAAAUUCCCUUAUGUGGUUCUUAUAAAGCAAUAAAUAAUAAAAAAAAAACCUCCUGGGAGGUAUUCAAAAACUUUUUUUCCCCAAAGAGAGGCAGGGACAUAAUUUGAAGGGGGAACUAAACUUAAAACCUUAAAAAUAUUUUCUAUUUCUGUAUGUGGAGUAAAUUGUGGACUGACGGGAGAACUAAAGCAAUGUCCAAACACGAGUACGUUUACCCAGCGGUAUAAACACGUGGCGUUCACUAGGUGUAGGGGAAAAGGGGGAUCUGAAUGUACAUGUGCACAGGAUGACAUCCUGAUAAUGUAAAUGUUAAAUGGAGAAGGUAGGAUUAAAUAAGAGCAAAGCUUUUUCCUAUUCCUUUUCAAACAUGUUAGGUAAGUAUCGUUCAAGUGUUUGUUUCUUUUUGUAUUACAUGUUGGAAAUAAAGCAUUCAUUCAUUAA